AUGGCGAGUCGCCUCUCGGCUUCGCCCCCCGUCGGUCGCGGCUUCACCGCGCCCUUACGUCGCCGUCCCUCCAGCGGCUCCCUCGCCGCGACCGCCGACCAGGCCCCCGCCGCGCCCGUCGCCCUCCGACCGGCGUCGUCCAUGACGGCCGACGAUUCCGUCGGCGCGAGUUCCUCGGUGCUCCUCGUCGGCCUCGGGGACCCCGUGAGCGACAUCCUGGUGCGUCUGGACGACCCGAGCCUCGCGGCCCGCGUCUUCGAUGCGUGCGGCAUCUCCGAACCCGGCGGAUGCGUGCCCGUGGACUCCGACGAGGACAUCAAGUCGCUCCUCGCCGCGUGCGGCGAGCAGUGGAUAACCGGCGCGGGCGAGCUCGAGACCCCGUCGCGGUCCUUCAGCGAGGACGUCCCGGCGCAGGGCGUCGAGCCCACGUACUGCCCGGGCGGGUCCGCCGCGAACGUCGCGAAGGGCGUCGCCAACCUCGGAGGCGACGCCGCGUUCGUGGGGAUGAUCGGCAGGGACGACAUCGGCGCCAGGUACCGCGAACUCCUCCGAUCGCAAAAGGUGACGCCGGUGCUGCUCGAGGUUGACGUCGACGCGAACGACCCGGGGGCGACGCCGAGGAGCGCGCAGUGCCUGAGCCUCGUGGAAAAGGGCGGGCAGCGAACGAUGCGGACCUACCUCGGCGCGUCGCUCAAGAUGGGCGCCUCGCACUUCGACGAAAACGUCGAGCGGCUCGCGUUCGGCGACGACGCGUCACCGGAUGAGUCAAAGGCCAAAUCACGUUCGGAUGAUGACGCCGUUCCAGGGCACACGCGCGAUCGGGCGUCGCUGCUGCACGUGGAAGGUUACACGCUGUACCGUCCCGACCUGGCGCGCGCGGCGAUGACCGCCGCCAAGCGAAGGGGCGCGCUCGUCUCCCUCGACCUCGCGUCCUUCGAGGUUGUCCGCAACUGCCGCUCCCAGCUGGUGGAACUCUUAAACGAGGGCCUGGUGGACCUCCUCUUCUGCAACGAGGACGAAGCCGCGGAGUUGAUCGGCGAGACGCGCGCGCCCGACGCCUUCGCCCGCGAGGACGCCGGUCGUGCGAUGGAGUGGAUGCUGCGGUACGUUCGCGUGGCGACGGUGUCGCUCGGCGCGCGAGGGUGCGUCAGCGUCGACAGAGAUGGAUCGAGAGGCGUCUCCCCCGGCGUUCGGUGUAACGUCGUCGACACCACCGGCGCGGGCGAUUCCUUCACCGCGGCGUUCCUCUGGGCGUACCUGAGGGGCGGGAGUUUGCAGGCGUGCUGCGCGUGCGGGUGCGCGGUGGGAACCGCGAUGGUUCAGGUGCUCGGGGCGGAGCUCGCGGCGUCGCGGUGGGGGGAGUUGCGAGGGGACCUGGAGACGGUGCUGCGCCGCGAUCGGGAACCGGGAACGUGA